AUGGACCGCUCUGAAGCACAUAAGGUGCGGUAUGGUACUCACAUACUGGCUAGUGAGGCUGAUGAUUGGUGGCUUGAGACUCGUAAUAGGUUGGAAGCUGCAAGUGAGGUUAUUACUUGGGAGGUGUUCAACAGGGAGUUUAUGAGAAAUUACUUUUCAAAAGAUGUCUGCAGGAAGAAAGAGAUAGAAUUUCUUGAAUUGAAGCAGAGAGAUUUGUCAGUGACAGAGUAUCCUGCUAAGUUCGUGGAACUAGCAAAGUACUAUCCUCAUUAUAAUGAGGCAACUGCUGAAUUUUCCAAAUGUAUUAAGUUUGAGAACGGGCUGUGUCCUGAUAUCAAGCAAGCAAUUGGAUAUCAGAAGAUCCGUAAGUUUGUGGAAUUGGUGAAUUGCUGCAGAAUUUACGAAGAGGAUAGUAAGCCACACUACAAUAUCAUGAAUGAAAGAAGAGGCAAGCAACAUCAGAAUCGUGGUAAUCCUUACAAUGCUCCGACUGACAAAGGUUAA